UCUAUCUUUCUUUUCUUUUCUCUUCUUCGCCCGCCGCCGCUUUCUUUGCGGCGAAUACGAGUGAACGGUACGAAGGAGAGGAACGAUUAAUACGGGAUUCCUUACGUUCUCCCGAUAUCCCGAGGUCCGAGGUAAGACCUCCUACGAUGACGCCAUCUCGACGCCGAUGCGGCAUGAUUAAUGGAAACGGUAUUGCGAUCCUCGCAAAUGUUUCGGAGGCUCUUUUUUCCCAAGUAGGAUAAGUGUAGGACGUCCGAAGAACGGCGUAAUUUAUUUUCAUCCCGGUUUUCUCGCCCGUUCGUUCCCGAUCUCCCGGCCCGCGAGAUCACGACGAAAGGCGCCUGUUGGCGGACGUUGUAUCUGGACGAGAUUGUAUCAGCUUUGUUAGUGUUUCAGCGUUUCCAGAGCGAGGAACGUUCGUCGUCGAUCGUUUAUUAUUUUCUUCGUUAACUUAACGCCGUACCGAAAUCUCCGAGGGGGUCAGCUCGGCUUCCUCAGCUGCCGGUACUUCGACGCAGCGAGUGCAUCGCGAGAGAGGCGAGAGAGGCGAGAGAGGCGAGAGGCAAGUGCGAGUGCUCAAAAGUACUCGAGAGCGAAGUGGCUUCAACACUCAUUGUCAGACGCAGUAACGGACGAGGUGUUCUUUUCCUGCAGUAGUUUCGGCCACGUUGGUUAUACUCGUGCUCCGGCCAGCGUGACGGACGCGGUGCUGCUCGGCGAAAUCGACAUCAUGACCGACGCGGAGGAGGUUGAAAUUUCCACCGAGGAACCCGAGACGCCGAAAAAAUGUAAAUUCGGAGGAACGACCUACGCCCACGGUCAAACGAUAGCGACGAGCGACGCCUGUUCCCAUUGCCUCUGCGUGGCGGGUGAAGUUUACUGCUGGUGGCAGGACUGUCUUCUCCACUCCGAGCCGGAGGAGUUUGAUAACUUUGAGGGAAACUUGAGGAGCAGCAGCAGCAGCAGCAGCAGCGAGUCGCCUUCCUUGGGGUAUCCGUCAGCGAAUAAUUCGUCAUACGGAAAUGACGAUAACGGCACACUGCUACAGGCCACCGAGGGGUUGGAGGGCCUCCAGAUACUCGACGAAGACGGUUACAUCGACGUUAAUUCAACUUACCAGGAUUUAGUCGUCCAGAGCACGCCGCCCGCGACGUGCGUCGUUAUGGGAAUCGAGUACAAGGAGGGCGAAGCGCUGCCGCACUCGACUGGAAAUUGCGUGCAAUGCGGUUGCGGAGCAUCGGGUCGGGUCGAGUGUUCCCCUCAGGACUGCGUUCCGCUGUUACAGCCUCCCUCGGGAGGAGGUCUGGACCUGUCCCGAGGAAUGGACGAAAUUUUCUAAGCCCAGCUUUCGCCCGAAUUCACGAAAGUGCGAGUGAUAAUCUACGGGAAAUAUCGUCUCCUGAAAAAUAAUAAUGAAAAUAUGAUGAGAAAAGAGAAACGAAAUCGAAAGAAAUUAUUAUGAAUUAAAACUCAAGGAAAAUUAUCAAAUCAACAAAUAGCCUUUUUUCCAUUUUUCAUCGUUACAUGCAGUAUUGUUAGAAUACCGCGUUUGAUAAAUGAAGAAAAACUGAGAAUCAAUGUUGAGAAAUGUUAUAGCCUAAUUAUAGAUUAAAUUAUAAAUUACGUAGAACGUCUAGCCUAGAUUUUUUUAACUCCGAAAUGAAAAAAAAAAAAAAAAAAAAAAUUUAAGAACGAAAAAACAACAAGUUAAAAUACGAGUGCAGGAUUAACAUGAUCGAAUUUUGUAGAACUCCUUUUGACUUUUAAGACCUAAUUAAGUACAUUAAUUAUAAUUAAUGUAUAAUAACUGUAAAUGAAUUACAGAAAAGCAACAACAAUAUUCUUGACCCAUAUCAUGACCCCAUAUCGUAAAUGAAUAUAAAAUUUCACUAUAAUGUUAAAUUGAACGAUAGAGAAGGAGAGAAAGAA